GUGUUGUAUCAACAUUUAAAGUAAAUGAGUAGUUAUACAAGCGUUGGAUCAGACUUUUAAACCUGCGCUAUCAAUCUGAUUCUGUUUAGGAAUGCUGUGGUGUCUGCUGUUAGACGGAGGUAUUGGUUACCUGUUUGGUUGGCUAGGAAAAUGGCAGCCGUAUGUGUAUAAAUGAAGUGGAGUCGAUGAGACGGGACUACGGAUAUUGUUUCUUGCGAUGUCCCGGCUGGCUGAUUAUUUCGUAAUAGUUGGAUACGAUCACGAAAAAGAAAGAAGUGGAAUAAGUAGUGGUAUUAUUCUCCAGAGGUUUCCAGAGAAAGACUGGAGUGAUACACCAUUUAUUGAAGGCAUAGAAUGGUUUUGCCAGCCUCAGGGAUGGGCCUUGUCAACAGAGAGACAGGAACCAAAGUUCUUUGUUUCUGUACUUACAGACAUAGAUGCAAAUCGACAUUAUUGCGCUUGCCUUUGUUUCAACGAGACUGUUGCUAUUACUCCAAGCAAACCUGUAGACGAGGAAGAAGACACUGUGGAAGGGGAGAACGCCCAUCCAAGGGCCCUGACUGGCAGUCUGACACGCAGUAUACCGACUAUCACACACCAUAGCAUAAUGUAUGCCCCAAAAUGUUUGGUACUCGUGUCACGAUUGGACUACAUAGAAACUUUCAGAAGCUGCUUGGGAAUUAUUUACACUGUGUAUGUGGAGAACAUUGCAGUUCCUUUGGAGACCUUGGUGGGCAAUAUUUUAGGAUGCAUUCAAGUUCCACCCCCAGGAGGCCCACAAGUUCGAUUCAGCAUCGGAGCUGGUGAUCGCCAGGCUUUGCAACCUCCAAUCAGUCCUUCACUGCCUGUUACACACACAUCUGUUAAUUUGCUUUUUCAGCAACUGGGUAUCCGAAAUGUGCUUGUACUGUUCUGUGCUAUUAUGACUGAGCAUAAAAUACUGUUCCACUCGAAAAGUUACACUCGACUAACAGAAGCAUGCAGAGCAUUGACAGCACUGAUGUACCCGUUUCGCUACACCCACGUCUACAUUCCAUUGCUCCCAGCAGCACUCAUUGAAGUGCUGUCAACACCAACACCAUUUGUGAUGGGUGUACAUUCAUCGUUACGUAGUGAAGUAAUAGAGCUGAUGGAUGUGAUUGUGGCAGAUUUAGAUGGAGGCUCUAUUUUGGUACCUGAUGGUGUUUCAUUGCCAUUGUUACCAGAGCCACUACUGAGCCAGACAACUGAAGCGCUGGGACUCAUUUUGCAGCCAGAACUAUCAGCAGCUGACCUUGCCUUCCCACCACCCUCCCCCCGUACUCCUGCCCCUCCAGCAUUGCUUGACAAACAACUCCGUGCCGUGUUCAUGCGUACUUUUGCGGCCUUACUACAAGGUUAUCGUAGCUGCCUCACCAUCAUACGCAUUCAUCCAAAACCUGUUAUAACAUUCCAUAAGGCAGCUUUUUUAGGAGAAAGAUGUUUGAUGGAUUGUGAUUUCACAACUCGUGUGUUGGACUGCAUGUUCUUCACUGGAUUUGUGGCUGAACGUGGUCCACCUUGGAGGCCUUGCGAUGUGUGGGAUGAACUGUACAGCAGUCUUAGUGAAUUAUUUCGCCUGGAGGCUCAGGAUCAACGCCUAUUAAUUGCCCAUAUUCAGGAUUUAGCUCAGCAGCUAUUCAAUAAUGAAAACCCAAAUCCACAGCCAUAUGUGCAGAAGAUUCUUAAACCACCAGAAGGAGCUUUUGCCAGAAUUCAUCAACCGCCAUUGCCUGCCAUUGAUGCUUCUCAAGUUCAGGCAAUAAUUGAGGAGGGUCUUGCAAAGAACAACUUGAAGGCCAGGUUAUCUUCCUUGAGGCCAGUACAGCCACGAAUUGUUCCAAUGGGGCCGCACAUAUCAAACAUCCAUGAUGCACGUCACAUUGUUGGUAACUCUGCAAGGAGACUGGAGGUUUUGCGCAACUGUAUAAACUGCAUAUUUGAGAACAAGAUAUCUGAUGCCCGUAAGACAUUCCCAGCUGUUUUGAGGGCACUAAAAUCCAAAGCUGCUCGUUUGGCAUUGUGCACUGAAUUGGCCCAACAUGUGAUGGGAAAUAAAGCAAUGCUUGAGCAUCAGCAAUUUGAUUUAGUUGUUCGCCUGAUGAAUUGUGCAUUGCAGGAUGACUCAGCAAUGGAUGAACAUGGAGUGGCAGCUGCACUCUUGCCUUUAGCUACAGCAUUCUGCCGAAAAUUGUGCACAGGAGUUAUCCAGUUCGCAUACACAUGUAUUCAGGAACAUGCGGUCUGGCAGAAUCAACAGUUUUGGGAGGCAGCAUUUUAUCAAGACGUUCAAAAGGAUAUUAAAGCUCUGUAUUUACCCCGCAUUGAAACAAGUCCACAGUCACGAUUAAGUUGUGAUGGUGUUCUGAGUCCUAUCAGCCCUCGGGAUAAUAAAGAAUUCUCAUGGAAGGAUCGUAGAUCAGGAUUCAGUCGUGUUCAAGAGCCAUCUGCCUUGGAGAUUGCUGCGGAGCAAAUGAGAAUUUGGCCAACUCUGGAAACAGACAAGCAGGCUGAGUUAGUUAACAGUGAAGAAUCAACAUUGUAUAGUCAAGCCAUACAUUACGCAAAUCGAAUGGUGUACUUGUUGGUGCCAGUUGAUAGCAGUUGUCGGAACCACAAGCAGGACUCGGCAUAUGAUGAAGAGAGAGCGAGCAAUAGCAUAACAAACAGUGUGGCUGAAAGUGACAGUGCAGAUGCUGAGUCUGGUUUUGAAGAACAAGAUCCUGGUGAAAUGGGAUCAGCUGUGAUCCGUUUGGUGUCACGAUUUGUAGAUAAAGUGUGCACUGAAGGUGGUGUUAGUGCAGAACACAUCCGUAGCCUCCAUCAGAUGGUACCAGGUGUUGUUCACAUGCACAUAGAAACUCUAGAAGCUGUGCAUCGGGAAUCAAAGAGACUACCACCUAUUCAGAAGCCCAAGAUCUUGACACCAAGCAUGCUACCUGGUGAAGAACCUGUAAUAGAUGGAAUCAGAGUGUACUUGCUACCUGAUGGUAGGGAAGAAGGAACAGGUGGGGCACUUGGUGGACCACCACUGCUGCCAGCAGAGGGUGCCAUAUUCCUAACAAACUAUCGCAUUAUAUUUAAAGGAAUCCCUUGUGAUCCAUUUGCUUGUGAGCAGAUCGUCACAAGGUCUUUCCCUGUGACUUCUUUGACAAAAGAGAAGCGUAUAACUGUUCAGUAUUUAGCACAUCUGGAUCAGUGGUUACAAGAAGGGCUGCAACUUAGAUCAUGUACUUUCCAGCUUGUCAAGGUUGCAUUUGAUGAGGAAGUGACACCUGAAAAUAUUGAAGCUUUUCGGAAGAUGGUGCAUAGGCUUCGUCACCCAGCUCACAUACUGCAUCAUUUUGCAUUUACUGGCCAAGUUGUUCCUCAAACUCCAUUGCAUAAAGGAAAAGAGAAAAAUGCCACUCUGAAGGGUUUUGCAAAGAAAACAUUAUUGAAAACGGCGAGGAAAGCUGGAUUCAAGCCAAAGGCUUCAUCAAAACGGCAGAAAUAUGUAUUCCCUAACAUAAGUAAUAGUAGCAAAUACCUUACAUCACCUGGUCGUAUGAGUCUUCCAAUAACAGAUGCAGCUGACUUCGGUCAAGAUGAUGAUAUUUCAGUUACAGAUGAUUUUGAGGUUCCUGGACCAGGACUGGUUCCUCCAGCACCUACUGAUGCAAAAACGCUUGAGCGACUGUCAGAAAGGAGUUAUGUAAGAGACUGGUAUAGACUUGGGCUUUGUAGCAGUACCACAGCAAAUAACAAUUCCAGGCAGAGCAGUGAACCUUUCAGAAUAAGCACAGUUAACAGCAGAUACACCAUGUGCAGAAGUUAUCCAGCACUUCUUGUGAUGCCAUCUGUUGUGUCAGAUGAUAGUAUCAGACGUUUCUGUCGUUGCUACCGAAGCAACAGACUGCCUUGUAUAACAUGGCGACAUCCUCGUACUAAGGCAUUGCUGCUUCGCGGCUCUAGUUACCAUGGAAAGGGUGUCAUGGGAAUGCUUAAAGGACAUCCCUCUUCAACAACAUCAUCCACAUCAGAAACAACUACAUCAUCUGUGGAACAUGAACGUUACAUAUCGGUUCUGGUGUCCGCUACCCCAAUAUCUGCCUUGCGUCAAGGUUCGGCAUGGGGCAUGUCGGACAGCAGCCUGAGUAUUGACUCUCUGCUUCUGGCUGCAGAAGAUCACCAUGGUGUAGGAGGAACACUUACACCAGAAGUGGCACGCCGUGGUGGACCAUUCAACAAAGCUGUUGGUACUCUUAGUGUCUUCCCCCGCUCAAGUGGUGGGAAAGGUCCAAAGAGUUUUGGACGCUGGGGUUCAUUGAAAGAUAGGAGGCACAGUUCCCAAGGUUCCCUGACAACGCUAUCUGUUGCUCACCAUCGUAGCAACCAAAGGCAUUCUGCAGAUUCUGAUUCUGGAACAGAGUGUGUGCACACUUUCCAGCGUGCAGUGUUGUAUAUAUUGGGUGAAAAGGCGCAAAUGAAGGGCACAAAAGCAGAAUCUGCUCCAAAAACAGACUUCAUACCUGUUGAAUAUUUUGAUGUUAGACAUACAAAAACUGCAUUCAAGAAGCUGAUGAGAGCAUGCAUUCCAAGCUCACCCAGUGCUGAACCAGAACAGACUUUCUACAAACUUAUAGAAUCUUCAGAAUGGUUGCUGCAGUUGCAGAAUAUAAUGCAGUUAGCUGGUGCUGUUGUUGAUCUCUUGGAUGUGCAGGGGUCAUCUGUUAUGAUUUGUUUGGAGGAUGGUUCAGACAUCACAGCUCAGGUAUCAUCAGUUGCUCAACUUUGCCUUGAUCCACAUUAUCGAACAAUAGAGGGCUUCAGAGUUCUUGUUGAGAAAGAAUGGCUUGCUUUUGGACACAGGUUCUGCCAUAGAAGCAACUUGUUAGCUAGUUCACAAGCUGGCGGAUUUGCACCCACAUUUUUGCAGUUCCUUGAUGUAGUGCACCAAAUACAGAAACAAUUUCCACUGGCCUUUGAAUUCAAUGAUUACUACCUGAGAUUUCUUGCAUACCACUCAGUUUCUUGUCGCUUUAGGACUUUCCUACUGGACUGUGAGUUAGAUCGUGUGGAAUGUGGUAUUGCAGCUGUUGAAGAUAAAAGGGGAUCACUUGCCUCUCACCAUAAAAGUGUUGAUACUGGUUCUGAUGAUGAGGGAAUUUAUCCAGGUGGACGGUUGGCAGGAAACAACUCGGGUCCAAACUUGGGCCAGUCAAUAUUUGAUUACAUCGAGAAACAGCAUACAAGAUCACCUUUGUUCUAUAACUUUCUGUAUACACCAGAUUUGGAGCAUCCUGUUCUGCGGCCCCAAUCCUUCUUGCCCUGUCUAGAAGUAUGGCAAUAUUAUCUUGGAGAACAGCUUUCUCAUGGUCCAAGCUAUGAUUUGGAGGUUAUUCAGCUUGACUCUCAGCAAGAGGAGGAGGCUGAAGCUGCUGACGGAAUUAUCAACAAAUCAGCUCGUAAAGUUGUCACUAUGGGGUAUGAAGAUGUAGAAGUAAGUGUUCCAGAUGCAUUUUCUCAUUUGUUGGAGGAGAUACACAGGUUAGAAACAGAGCUUGGCCACUUACCACAGAAAUGGAGGGUUUUGUGGGAUAAACUUGAAUUACCAACAACUGACUCCCUCACGAGACAUGCAUCCUUCAGUACACAAUUGGUUCGUUACCAUGGCCGGUUACUACAUAAGCGUUCAACUCUAGAAAUACUUAUGCGUGGGAAGAUGGUGGGUGCCUCAGAGGCUGCACACGUUUAUUCUCAUCCGCACAGAUUUGAGCGGUACAACUAUACAACACCCACUUAUUGUGAUAUGUGCACAAAUGUUCUUUGGGGGCCUGUGAAGACAGGUAUGCGUUGUGUGGAUUGUGGGUAUAGCUGCCAUGAGAAGUGUGUUGAAAGUGUUCCUAAGAAUUGCACAAAGUACAAAGCUGUUGCGGAUGGUACAUUAACGUCGCAAACCUUAAGCAGGACUGGUGGAGACAGUGGUUCCGGGAGCUCAAGUGUAACCACUAUUCAGACAUCAAGUCAGCAGUACUACGAGCAGUUCUCCUCCAAUGUAGCAGAAAAUCGAACACAUGAGGGAUACUUGUAUAAACGUGGUGCUCUGUUAAAAGGAUGGAAACAGCGUUGGUUUGUUUUAGAUUCAAUUAAGCACCAACUGCGUUAUUAUGAUGCGAUGGAGGAUUCACACUGCAAGGGUUAUAUUGACUUGGCAGAAGUUGUCUCAGUAACACCUGCAGCUCCUACUCCUGGUCCGCCCAAGAAGACUGAUGACAAAUCAUUUUUUGAUUUGAGAACCAACCGAAGGACAUACAAUUUUUGUGCAAGUGAUGCAGCUACAGCACAAGAAUGGAUUGAAAAAAUUCAGGCCUGCCUUCAGUGAAACUCGAGCAAAUCUCACUAAACUUAACAUUUGCUGUGAUUUAAAUUGAUAUUACUGUUGUUCUGUUUUGCUUUUCUCAGAGCUUACGUUCUCGUGUGAGCUUACUUGUGCUCAUUUUUGUAUAUUUGAUGUAUUAUACUGUGAAUAAUGGCAUAAUUUUUCAGAAAACUUCAUAAAAUCCUAAAGAUAAUUGCAUACUGUUUAUUGUUAGAAUUAUGUUCAGCACUGAAAUACAGUUUUCUGCCGAUAAUUAGGAUGAACAAACUUUGUGUAGUGCACAAUAUGUGUAACAGCUCUAAAUGCAUGCAGAAACAAUAUGCAAGUAAUGUAUAACAUUGUGUUGUGACAUUGUGAUUUUAUUUGUUUUGCGAAAGCAAAAAGUUAGUUGCUAAAUGUGUGUGUAUAUCUUGAACCAGUUGUAGCUGCUUUUGACAAAAGAAAUAGUGGGGGACCAUAAAUGAAGAAUUCUGUUUGUCAGAUUUUAGAUUUUUUUAAAGUAUUUGUACAUACAAAGUAUGUUUUGUGAUAGCUUGAAAUCCAGCAGGAAUGCUUAUUAGAAUUUUAAAAUAAGAAAAUAAUGUUUAUUGAUAGUUGAAGCAAAAUUGUUUAUUUUACAGAGUAUGCAGUUGUGAAGAGUGAAUUUACAGUUGUGUUUCUUACAUUUAAGUAGCAUUGUAUAGGAAAGAAGUUGAAUUCAACUGCCAAAAGUGUGUGUGUGUGUGUGUGUGUGUGUGUGUGUGUGUGUCCAUGCGCAUAUCAGAUAUCUGUGAAAUAAAUGCUGCAUGUCUACCGGCAGUGGGUAGCAAUGUCGUGAUUAUUGUACUGUAGAUAACUGUGCACAAAGUAUAGUUUUUAUCUGAAACUAAUUCCUGUAAACAAUCAGUGGCAGUUUAGGAAAGGUCUAGUGAAUGCCACAUAGAGACCCUCAGUAGACUCUAGAGUUUACAGUGAAUAUGACUAAAGUGUUGUGUGUGACUCCUUGUGAGUUAUUGAAUGCUUCCUCUUUUGCUCUGAAGAGCAUUUUAAAAAAAGACUGCCUUUACUCAGCAGUGGUGGAGAUUGUUAAAAAUUAUAUUAGCUCUGCUAGUAUUAGGUAUCUGGAUCAGUCAGUGCUCUUUUCAUCUAUUUUCUUUGAUAUGUUUAGAGAUGCGUGGUUUUUUUUUUUUUUUUUACUAGUUCCCUAUGUUAUGUGUUAGAGCAAAGGCCGGAAUAUAUUUGACAAAUAGGGCUGUUGUCAAAAAGUUCUGCAUUUCUCCCACCUCUUUUCAGUAUUGAACACUUUUCUUUCCACUUAACAAUUGCCUGUGGUAAUGAGGCAUAUUUUACUUAUGAGAAUCUCAUAAGAGGCACUAUUUCUAAAAUUGUUAUAUUUAUUAUCCAUGAUAAUAUUUAUAAAAGUUGUAUUUCUAAUGCUUGUUAUUGUUUUGUUAUCUAUGCAAAAUGCACUAUUGUGAUUGUUCUGACAUAAAAUUGAUGUUUCUCUGUACACAUUUUGCAAUAUUUGUUUAAUUAUCUGUCAUUGUGAUAGUGGUGAUAAUGUAACUCGUAAAAUAGUGUGCUGAUGUUUCAAUACAACCCCUUAUAAAGACAUACUCCGGCCAUUUUUGGAUAAUUACAAAAUAUGUUGAAAAAUCGUUUAAAUUACAUUUUGUAUUGCUACCGUUUUGUAGCGUCAACUGUUAUGUGCAUUGUGUCAAAUAAUGCAACUGCAGAAUAUGAAACCUAUCACUUGUUUUCGUGGUUUCACACUAUCUGUUACAAAUACUGUUUAUUAUUUGUUUGACACCAACUGCUUCUGUUUUCCAUUAUUUAUAGAUGCUUAGCAUUUGCUAAUAUUUAACUUGCAGAGUUAACGAUCUCCAGGUAUGUGGUUAAAGUGAGAAUGAUUGACUGAUAAAUAUUUUUCAACUUGUAAAUUGGUCCUUAGUGCAAUUAAACAUUUUAAGUACCUCAUAUUGUAAAUUGCCAGUGAUAUUGCUGUUUACAUCAUAUGAAAUGUUCAUUAUGGAGCACAUCACUGAUAUCUUCCUACAGAGUUGGGGGAAGGGGGACAUAAUCAUUGUUAAUAGAAACUGAUGGUACAAAACUACCUUAAUUUUCAGUGAAUUGUGAACAUAAUUGGCUCAUAUAUUGUUUUAUUGUUGUAGCAUAAAACAUUUAACAAAAGUUGCAUUGUCUAUGUGAGACUGCUUGAGUAGUGCUUAUGCAGCUUGUUAAUGGCUGUCUGUUAUCGUAAUAUUCAUACUAAAACUCUAAAUAAUCACAUUUAUUUUCACAUUUUCUGCACUCGGACAUGGUAAUCCUUAUUUGACUUUACAAUUUUCUUCCACAUAUUAAAAUACAUAAAGUUCCUAUGUAUUAUUGUAUUGCUGCUUGAUUCCCCUUGUUCCGUUUCAGUUUUUUAAAUAUACGACAGCACUAAAAUGUGUAAGUAUUAUGUUUUGAUAUGGGUAACAAUAUUUAUGAAUGCAAGAAUUCAUUUGAAAUUGUGAAAAUGUUAAGGCUUGAUGUUAUAUGAGAACAGUUUAUGUAAUAUUUACUGCCAGAAAGUGUGAUGAAAGGAGGGGCCAAUUUCAGUUUCAUGGCUGCUGGAGAAAAUACAUCUCUCUCUCUCUCUCUCUCUCUCUCUCUCUCUCUCUCUCUCUCUCUCCUCUCUCUCUCUCUCCUCUCUCUCUCCCCCCCCCCCUCCCCCUCUCCCCUCCAUCCCUCCCCCUCUUCUCCAACAUUUUUUAUCAUUCAACAUUGUACCUGUAACUCAAAUAUUUUAUAUUAUAGUUGAGACAGAAAACAAGAGUAGUGGCUUCUGUACCCUUUCUUAAGGGAAAAACCUAUUUUAUUGUUCACAUAAAUUGGUUGUAGAAUAAAAUUGUUCUUUAGCCUUUGAAAAGAGGGUACCACUUUAUUCACUUAGGUACAGCUUAAAAGUUAGUACUGAGCUCAAAGUGAACACAUGUGAAUUUUGUGGUGCAUUUUUAUAUUCAGGGACAGGAAUUUCUUACAGUGAACAAUAUUUGUUUGUUCGUUACUACUGCGAUAAUAAACAGGAAAGUUUCCUAUAUUUUUAAAGAGUUUUCUGCUCUUACAGCACUGUAGUCAAUUUUAUUUGUAAAUACAGAGUAGCAUUUUACAACUACAUUUUAAAAUGAAAAUGCACAUACUAACCCCAUUAAGUGCAUUAAAGAGAGAAAGGUAGAAGUAUUGUGUCUGUAAAUCUGUUUACCCUUCGUUUGCAUUCUUCUCAUAGCUUUGUAGUGUUCUUCUGCAAUGCUACAUGGUGUUUCACAUCAUGGUGCAUCUGAUGAUCAUUGCAUUUCUUUACCAUGUUGCUCAUUAUCAUAUUCAUAGAGUAUUAAUGAGGCAAAUCAUUCAGUGAGUGUGAAAUAUCUUCUCUCUUGAAACUCAAUCCCACUGUUUCCUAGUCAGUAACAACUAAAACUGGCCCUCAGUCCUCUUUUCAAGCCAUAAAUUUGAUAAUUUACCUUUGCAGGAAGGGGUCCUUUUCAAUUUUAAUUCUGUUACAGGCAAACUGAAUAACUAUUAAAGGAUUAUUUGAUAAUUAUGGUAUCUUUAUGUUGUUACGCAUUGUAAACAUUAUAUUGAGAAUGAAACACAUUGUGUGACCACUUUGUGUAAUAAGUAAGGGUUUCAGAGAGAUUGAAUUGGGGGGGGGGGGGGGGGGGGGGGGAGGGAGGGACACAAGACACAUGUAAAAGACGAUCCAGUUUCUAAAAAAAUAUAAUAUGUAUUCAUGUUGAUUGAAGACAUGGUGAAAAUUCUCCAUGAAAACAUCCUUAAUGUUUUAAUGUCUUCUCUCUCUCUCUCUCUCUCUCUCUCUCUCUCUCUCUCUCUCUCUCUCUCUCUCUCUCUCUCUGUCUCUCUCUGUCUCUCUCUGCAUCACACUCAAAGAGGAAAUUAUAAGACACAGCAAUAUCUACUUUCUUUCUUUUUAGACUGUGUUUGUGUGCAGAAAAUAAUUUAAAACGGAUGGCAGAGUUCAAAUAAGAAUGUAAUCUAUUUCUGUUGUCUGAGUACUAUAUGCAUGCUCUAAUAAGAAUAGAAAUUGUUAAAAUAUUGAAGAAACUUUAUUGUUUUAAUACCAUUGUAAUGUAGUUGUUGUCAUUUUGUUGUGAGGGUAUUGCCACAUUUUAUGAUUGUAGCUUGAGAUGCAACUAUCUGAACCAGCUGGCCACAGCAUAUUGGAUUCAUUCAUGAAGUGAUGGAUGAGCAGACAGCAGUUGGAUGAGAAUAUGUAGCAGUUCUCUUGACAAAGUGUAGUUUUAUGUUUUGUUAAUCAUAUAUGAAGCAUAAAAUUCAUUUUAAAUAUUUUUGUACUAAUGUGAUAAUUUUAUAGGUUCCUGAUGACCAUAUGCAAUUAAUGUUUUAAACUGAUUAUUUGAUCGAAUUUCUGUUUUCUUUACUAAGAAACAGUUUUAGUAUCAGACCCGGUGUAUUAAUUUGCAAUGGCACACAAUAAUGAAACUAUUUGAGAUAUAUCAGCUUAAGACAGAAAAAAUCUCAGACAUUUCUUGAAGUUUUCAGCAUAUUCUUCACAAAAGAAAUUUGAUCAUAUAAUUUUUUGCAAGAUUUUUAAAAUUGUUUUAGCUUUUUAUAUACACAGUUAUAUUUGUACAGCCAAUUUAAUUAUAGUUACCCUUAAGGGGUAAAAACUGCCAAAGGAUACAGUGCCCAUUUGUAAAUCAAUGUGAGUUGCACCAAUGUUUUAGUUCUAUUGAAAUAUAUAUAUAUAUAUGUUGUUGAAAUUCCUGUAAAUAAAACAUUUAAGAUAAA